AUGAAUGGCCUGCCCCCAACGCCGGGCCCCUGGCGAGAGGCACGCGCUCCGGAUGGGCGCACCUACUUCUAUCACACGGUCACGAAAGAGACGCGAUGGACCAAACCUACCGAGCUCAUGACUCCGAUCGAGAAAGCCCUUGCAUCUCAGCCAUGGAAAGAACACAGCACUCCCGACGGCCGAAAAUACUACUCACAUUCAGAGACUAAGCAGACGACAUGGGAGAUGCCGCAACAGUAUCGAGAUGCCCUGAACUCGGUCCAACUCCCGCCCAAGCCCGUCCAGCAGGCGCCUGCCUUUGUCGCUGGAGGCAGCACUGCGCUUCAAUCAUAUCGCGAGCGGGACGACCACAUCCCCUUGGAAAGACCGCGUACCGAGAACGGGAUCACUGUACCACCUAUCACCAAAGAGGUCGUUCCUGACUACUCGAGCUUCGAAGAGGCAGAAGCUGCCUUCAUGAAGCUCCUGCGCCGAUCAAAUGUCCAGCCCGACUGGACUUGGGAACAGACUAUGCGUGCUACAAUCAAGGAUCCCCAAUACAGAGCGCUGAAAGACCCGAAGGACCGAAAAGCGGCAUUCGAGAAAUAUGCAGUCGAGGUUCGCCAACAAGAACGAGAGAAGGCCAAAGAAAGACUGGCUAAGCUACGCACAGAUUUCGGUAACAUGUUGAGGACACAUCCCGAGAUCAAGCAUUACAGCCGAUGGAAGACCAUCCGACCCAUUAUUGAGGGCGAGACGGUGUUCCGCUCGACAGACAACGAAGAUGAGCGUAAGCAACUUUUCGAAGAAUACAUUGUCGAGCUUAAGAAGCAGCACAUUGAGCAGGAAGCCGCUGCCCGCAGGUCAGCCCUGGAUGACUUGGCUGCAAUUCUCAACGCGCUCAAUCUCGAGCCUUACACGCGAUGGUCUCAAGCCCAGCAGAUUCUUCAUAACAACGAGCGGAUUCAGUCUGAUGAGAAAUUCAAGCUUCUGAGUAAGUCAGAUGUUUUGACGGCCUUUGAGAACCAUAUCAAAUCGCUCGAAAGAACCUUCAAUGAUGCACGUCAGCAGCAAAAGGCCACCAAGGCACGACGCGAGCGGCAGAACCGUGAUAGGUUCAUGGAACUACUGCAGAGCUUGCGCAGCCAAGGCAAAAUCACAGCCGGCACGAAGUGGAUGACCAUUUUGCCUGAGAUCGAGGAGGACCCGAGGUAUGUUGCAGUGCUGGGUCAGGCUGGAUCGACACCAUUGGACUUAUUCUGGGAUCUUGUGGAGGAAGAAGAGAGAGCUUUGAGGGGCAGACGGAAUGAUGUAUAUGAUGUUCUCGAGGACAAACGAUAUGAAGUGACACCUAGAACUUCUUUCGAUGAAUUCCUUGAUAUCAUGCUUACUGAUCGACGAACAGCCCCUAUCAAUCGCGACGUUCUCCAGCUCAUCUUCCAGCGACUGCAUGACAAGGUCGUUCGACGGAGCGAGGACGAGAAGCAUGCAGCAGAUCGCCAUCAGCGCAGAGCGGUGGAUGCACUUCGCUCACGCAUCAAGCAUCUUGAACCUCCGGUGCGUAUGACUGACUCCUGGGAGGAUGUUAAGCCACGAGUGGAGAAGACAGAUGAAUACCGUGCCGUCGAGGAUGAGGGUCUGAGAAAAUCUGCGUUUGAGAAGGUGAUCAAGCGACUCAAAGAGAAGGAGGAAGACGCUGAACGGGACCGAGAUCGAAAACAUUCGCGACGUACAGACGAUCGAGAUCAUCGCAACGGCCAUCGGGAAAGCAGGUACAGUCGACUCUCGAAGUCCCCGGAGCCCGAUGCCUACGAGGAAGACCGUCGCAGAGCUCAAGCUGCUCGUGAGAAGCAGUACCGCAAAGCCAGCGGGUUCAGCCCGCCACCGUCGGUUCGCGAUCAUAGAGACCGUGACGAGCGACAUGGCCGUCUUGUCCGCGAUCGCACUCCACCACCACGCCACCUAAGUGGCUACGACCGGGAGCGGCGUGAUCGCGAAGCCGACCGUGAACGCUUGUAUCGCACAAGGGCUGAGCCUCGUGGCAGUAGAGACGAGCUCAACUACGGCGAGGAGUCAAGGAGCGUGACUGGCAGCGAUCGCCGACGACGGCGGGAGGGUAGUGAGGACAGCGUCGAGAGCGGCCGCCGUAGUGCCAAACGAUAUCGUCGUGACAGGAGAUCACGCUCUCGUGAGAGGGGAAAGACUAAGACUCCGGAACCUUCCAGUAUGAAGAAAGAAAAGGAAAAUGUCCAGGAGUUGCCCGAACCAGCCGGAGUGCACUCCGGGUCGGAAGAAGGGGAGAUUGAGGAGGAUUGA